UGUGAAUCCCGGGCGCGAGCCGGCGGCUGCGCUGCUGCUGCAGGGUCGGCGGCGGGAAGGCGAUGGCGGAUACAGAUAAACUCAACAUCGACAGCAUCAUCCAACGGCCGCUGAAAGUGAGAGGGUCCAAGCCUGAUUUUAAAGCCUGCAGAGAAGAAGAAGCCAGAUGCCACGAGAAGCCGUAACACCUCCAAGAGUCACUUUAACUGAAGUCUCUUUGCUGCCUUUGAAAUCUUUGGAGAGAGCCCACCAUCAAGCAUUCUUAGUAUGGGAGCACCUGCUGGUUCUAUCAUAAUGAAAUGGCUGGUGUGGGUGCUCCUGCUGUGCUCCUCUGUGAUGGCACAACAGCACAGAGAUUCCACUCUGGAUCAUCACUGGGAUCUCUGGAAGAAAACCUAUGGGAAACAAUACAAGGAACAGAAUGAAGAAGUAGCACGGCGUCUCAUCUGGGAAAAGAAUCUAAAAACUGUGAUGCUUCACAAUCUAGAGCAUUCAAUGGGAAUGCAUUCAUAUGAUCUGGGCAUGAACCACCUGGGAGACAUGACCAGUGAAGAAGUGAUAUCUUUGAUGAGUUCCCUGAGAGUUCCCAGCCAAUGGCAGAGAAAUGUCACUUUCAAGUCAAACCCUAAUCAGAAAUUGCCUGAUUCUCUGGACUGGAGAGAGAAGGGGUGUGUUACUGAAGUGAAAUACCAGGGCGCUUGUGGUGCUUGUUGGGCUUUCAGUGCUGUGGGAGCCCUGGAAGCACAAGUGAAGCUGAAAACAGGAAAGCUGGUGUCCCUGAGUGCACAGAACCUGGUGGAUUGCUCAACUGAAAAAUAUGGGAAUAAAGGCUGCAAUGGUGGCUUCAUGACAGAGGCUUUCCAAUAUAUCAUUGAUAACAACGGCAUCGAUUCAGAAGCUUCCUAUCCCUACAAAGCCAUGGAUGAAAAGUGCCAGUAUAAUGCAAAAAAUCGAGCUGCCACAUGUUCAAGGUAUAUUGAACUUCCCUUCGGCAGUGAAGAUGCCUUAAAAGAAGCUGUGGCCAACAAAGGACCUGUGUCUGUUGCUGUAGAUGCACGCCAUUCUUCUUUCUUCCUUUACAGAAGUGUCUACUAUGACCCCUUGUGUACUCAGACUGUGAAUCAUGGUGUACUGGUGAUUGGAUAUGGUAACCUUAACGGGAAAGACUACUGGCUUGUGAAAAACAGCUGGGGCCUCAACUUUGGUGACCAAGGAUAUAUACGGAUGGCAAGAAAUAGUGGAAAUCACUGUGGGAUUGCUAGUUAUCCCUCUUACCCGGAAAUCUAGAGGACCUCUUUGUUUUAUAACAAUUCGAGAAAGAAGAAACACUUUCUCACAAUUUAAUUUUACCUGCUAUAACCAGUAGAAAUGUGUGUCAUGAUCAAUGUAUAUUUACUGUACUAACAGAAAAUAUAGUUUGAUUCAUCUACUUUUUUAACUUUGCAGAUCUUGGGGAAAAGUUUGCUAAGUAAAUUAAUAAUGUACUGUAGAUAUAACUGUAUGAAAAUUGGUCAACCUGAGAUAAUCUGUCAUGUUUUUCAUUGUCUUAUUCUAUUUGUCCUUUUAAGUCCCCUGAUAUCCUACUGAACCUCGAUGGCAUAUAGAUGCUUAAUAAAUAACUGCCUUUUCAA